GACUGCGUGUACGCCUGGCCACACCAAGCAGAUGCUCUGCGGUAAUGAGGUGGCUGAGAGGCUUAUCUGGAUCAACCGGGCUGCUGAAGGCUAGAGCUCCACAGCAGAGUUCAGACCGAGCGGCCCUGUAGCACGCCACUCAACCUGCCACCACAGCACCACCCGACACUGUAUUAAUGUAGGUUCAUAUCCUUCUGUUACUCUACUCCUUCCGUGGAUUCACGUGUGUCUGAGUCCUGGUCGGUUGAGGGGAGACGUAGGCAGAGUAACUGGGGGAGUGGAGAUGAGUGAAGCUGUGUCUAUUUUGUACAAUGAUACCCGUUCAUAUUCCUGUGCCUUCGUUUGAAUGUGUCCGUUGUGUGUAAAUGUGUGUGCACUUGCAUGGGCAGAACAAUGUGUUGGCUUAGACAAGAACGGGAGAAUAAUGUACCGUUUACAAUGGCUCUAUUGACACUUAAAUGUGUAGCACACGGUUCUCUGUGUGUGUGUCCCAGAAUAUUGAGUAGGAGGAAGCAGCAACACUCGUGUCAGAUAGCCCAGCAGUGCUGUAUGCGGUAGGUCAGCCAGGCAGCGCUGUGUGGAAUCAGCCCACAAUCUGCUACAGGAAUAGAGUGACCACUAAGACAGAGGAAAGCGGAGAGAAGGAGGAGUCUUAAAAGUUGGGAGGGAGUUGGCAGUGUGUCAGGAUGGGAGCCACUGUGCCUCAGCAGCGGCAGAGCUGACGCACUAAAAUCCAGACUGAGGGCAAGAGGGGGAUAAAGGGAGGGCACAGAGGGAAAAAGAGUGUGGCCAGAUGGAGGGUGCAGUGUUUGUUUUGAAGUGGCAGACUGGUGUUCAUUAAGGGUUAGUGGCUGUAGCUGAGAACAAGAUAGUCCCUCACUGGACUGAAUAUUAGUGAGUGUGUGUGUGAGGGAAAAGUGCAUCGUUGAAUCAGGACUGUCUUGGCCACAGCAGCCGGAAAACCUACCAUUGAUUUUCUGUGUGGACUGCACACUUCCUCCUCUGCUGUACUGGGUUCUUCUGUGCAUGCGGCUCAAGGUGACUCAGGAUCCGAUCCAGCCCCUGGGAGCCUCCUGACUGGGUCCCUGGAUCUACAGGGAAAAGUGGGUUGAAGCUUCCUCUCUACCCCCCUGGAAGUGGAGUCAGACUGGGGAUAGGACCGUAGGAUAAUAAGGAUGUGAGGCCUUGACACCAGCCAUUACCCACUACCAGGCCUGCUUGUGUUCUGUCCAGCCCUGUGGAGGUGGAUAAGGGGGAAGGGAAUGGGCCCAGCUUCACUGCAGGAGGAGACCGAGCAGGAGCCAGGGGGAGAAAUGGAGUGCUACCACAGCCUUCUGCAGGCUGGCUCUCAGCUAGAGAACACACUGCAGCAGGUGUCAGUCCCUAUGAGUAUGAAGGAGGUGGACGGCUACAUUGAAAAGCAGGUGGCCUACCUGUCAGGUGGGCGUGGUGAGGACUCCAGCGUGAUUAUCACCCUCCCAGAAUACUCUGCUUUCAGCGACAUUCCAGAGGAGUCUUUAGCUAAAGUCUUAACAUACCUCACCCUCAUACCUCGAGCACGACAACCAGGUGUAAAAUUCAUCAUAAUUUUAGACAGACGACUGGAUACUUGGACCUCAAUCAAAACAGCACUUGCCAGAAUUGCGGCCUCCUUCCCUGGGAACCUCCACCUGGUGCUGGUGCUGAGACCCACCAGCUUCUUCCAGCGCACCGUCACAGACCUGGGCUUCCGUUUCAGCCAGGAGGACUUCAUGCUCAAGAUGCCAGUGGUGAUGCUGAGCUCUGUGACAGACCUACUGAGAUACAUUGAUGAAAAUCAAUUGACCUCAGAGUUUGGUGGAACCCUGGAUUACUGCCACAGUGACUGGAUCGUCCUGAGAACAGCCAUAGAGAGCUUUGCGGUGACAGUUAAGGACAUAGCUCAGAUGCUGCAGGCGUUUGGCACAAAGCUGGCAGAGACAGAGCUGCCAGAUGAGGGCACCGCCAUCGUACACCUCCUCUCAACCCACACUGACAAGUACAGGAAACUCAAGGAGGCGAUAUGGUCUGUAUCAAAGGAGGGUCGUCACCUGCUGGCUAGCCUGGAGGCCUCUGGGAGAGAGGAGGAUUCACUAUGGGAUAUCAGGCUGGACUGGGAGACUGUGCAGAGGCUACUAGCCCAGCUGAGGGACAUGGAGUCAGCCUUUGACGGCUUCUUUGAGAAGCAUCAUCUGAAGCUCCAACAGUACCUCCAGCUGCUCAGAUACGAACACAGCUUCCAGGAGAUGGAGUUGUCUCUGGAGCGUCUGGCGACCCGGGAGAGGGAGGUGUCGUUGUCAGGGGAGACGCUGACUCAGACAGAACAGACACUCAGGGACCUGGACAGCCUGGAGGCUCACGCACAGGAGGAGAUGGCCCGUGCCCAGACCAUCAUCCUCCAUGGUCACCAGCUGGCAGCCUGUCACCACUACGCCAUGGCCCUGAUCGUGCAGCGCUGCAACGAGCUACGUCACCGCUGUGACACGCUCAGUAAGGCUCUGAGGGCCAAACACUCACACCUCUCCCAGGCCUACCAGCUGAUGCUACGCUUGGAUCAGGCCCAGAGUUGGUGUGACGACGGGGCCUACUUGUUGGCCCAGCAGCUGGUGGAAAAGUUCCAGUCUAAGGAGGGGGCCCAGGCUGCUCUGAAGGACAUAGACAGAUUCCUGGAGGGGGCUCCGUCUCUCCUCAGCUCAGGACAUGACCUCCUGGCCGUGGAGUUUGAGUCUGUCCUCACCCCAGAGAUACAGGUCCAGAUAGGGAAGACAUUUGAGAAGCACACAGCGGUGCAGGAGAUGAUCCACAACAGACAGGUCUGUCUGAGGAAGCUGGCUGAGAAACACGUCCGUCCCAUUCAACUGGUGGCCCCCCGGCCGGAGAACCCACCCCGUUCCAAGUCCCCACUAUUCUCCCCCAAACAUGGGGUCGACGGUUUGAAGUUCUCCUUCGAUCUAUCACUUCCUGGGAAGAGGACGUCACGGAAAAGCCCCGGCUCCAGAAAGAUUGAGGUGAUGCAUGACUACCAGGAGAAUAGGAGCUCCCUGCUCUCCAGCCUGGAGGGGGAGGACAGCCCAGACCUUCUCAAACGUCACGUGAUGAGGGAGCUAAUCGAGACAGAGAGAGUCUAUGUGGAGGAGCUGCUGUCAGUGCUGCUGGGAUACAGGGGAGAGAUGGAGAAUCCAGGCCUUUCAGGGCUCCUGCCCCCCAUCCUGCAAAGUAAGAAAGACAUCCUGUUUGGAAACAUGCCUGAGAUCUACAACUUCCACAGCAGGGUGUUCCUGCAGGACCUGGAGGGCUGCCUGGAGACCCCAGAGGGAGUAGGGGCCUGCUUUCUGGAGCGGAAGGAGAAUUUCCAGGUGUAUGAGUGUUACUGUCAGAAUAAGUCUCGCUCAGAGUCCUUGUGGAGGCAAUUCUCCGACUGUGCCUUUUUCCAGGAGUGUCAGAAGAAGCUGGAGCACAAACUGGGCCUGGAUUCUUACCUGCUGAAACCAGUACAACGCCUUACCAAGUACCAGCUACUACUGAAGGAGCUACUGAAGUACAGUCCAGGAGGCUGUGAGGGGACCUCGGAGCUACAGGGGGCGCUAGCAGCCAUGCUGGACCUCCUCAAGUCAGUCAAUGACUCCAUGCAUCAGAUCGCCAUCACGGGCUACCAGGGAGAGUUGUCUGACCUUGGCCGGGUGCUGAUGCAGGGCUCCUUCAGUGUGUGGAUCAGCCAUAAGAAAGGCCCCACCCGUAUGAAGGAGCUGGCCCGCUUCAAGCCCAUGCAGAGACACCUGUUCCUGUACGAGAGAGCCCUGCUCUUCUGCAAGCGCAGGGAGGAGCAUGGAGAGGGUGCAGACAAGACCCCCUCCUACAGCUUCAAGCACUGUCUCAAGAUGAGUGCGGUGGGGAUUACAGAGAACGUCAAGGGAGAUGUGAAAAAGUUUGAGAUCUGGUACAGUGGCAGGGAGGAGGUGUACUUAGUUCAGGCCCCCACAGUGGAGGUUAAGAUGGCUUGGCUCAAUGAUCUGCGAAGGAUCCUCACCAACCAGCAGAAACUCCUUAAAGGUUUUGGAUGUCACUCACAUCACUCUCCAAAGCACAGCCAACAAAGAGUUGGUUUAAUUCAUCUCAGACAUCCUCUCUCUGGUUCUCUUUUUCUCUCAGAUGAGCAUUGUGUCAACAACCAGAUGCCAGAACACAUUCAACUGUCUCCGCCCUUGUCUGAGAGCAAACAGCAGAGGGCGUCGAUCAGCUCCGAGGACACUGAGUCAGGGAGGAGCAGUCCAGACCCCCAGUCCCACUCCCCUCAACACCGGCGCAACCGACGCAGCUGGCCCGGUGCACCUCACUCAGUAGACAUCUGUGAGGGUCUGGAGGAGUGGGGUGGAGGUGAGGACCCCUCUCAGCCUUCAGACACCGAGGAGGAGGACGCUGCUCAGCUGGCUCCAGGCAGAUAUAAGGCCUUGGCUGAAUGUUCACGAUACGGCCCAGAUGACCUCACCAUCAAGAUGGGUGAUGUCAUCCAGCUGCAGCACGAGGACAGCGAAGGCCACUGGCUGGUGAAGAACCUGAGUCGCAGACAGGAGGGUAUCAUCCCAGUCCCCAACCUGCACAUGAUUCUGGGAAACGGCAGUAGAGGACAGUCCACCAGACUAGGAGGUAAGGUUAGUGUUACAGUACAGAGGAAUAGGUUUCUAAAGCCAUUUGUACUCUCAAUCCUCCUCUCUGACAUGUAGCUCAUUAGAUGGGUUUCUUUGAAUCAUUUGUGUCUCCUAUCUUUUAUGCAGAUCCAGGGAAUCUGAAGGCCAGAAAGCUCAGCUCCCCUUAGAGGGAAAAUGCUGUCUUCAAGUGCUCUUGGGACCUGGGAAAGUGGUUAGUCGGAACCUCGUAUUCCCCACUUCAGAGGAGCAUUGGAAGGCAGCAACACCUUUUGUUGGACCUUUACAAAGAUUGACAGACUGAAAAGACAGACUGUUUUCCAUUAGACAUUGUGAGGUCAUGACUGAUGGAAUAUCUUAAACUCUGCUUCCUCAAAGUGCUCUGAUUGGCCACGAUUAGAGACAACUAGCCAAUUUAAGAAGGACGUAGGAGUUUUAGGUCUGGGUUUUUGAUUGACAUUUUUCUGGGCCAGUAACAUGAGGACCUGUUUUUUUUUUGGCCCACCAUGAUGGACAGUGGACACACUUUAUGAAUGUUACCCUCCAAACACUUUAGACAGCACAGGGUUCUACCAGCACAAAGGCACACGGUUUGGUGAAGGACAAGGGACAUGUGAAAAGGUUUGGGACUUAAAAUUCAAUCCCCCACUUCCUCUUAGACCCAGCCAAUGGGCUUUUCUGUUGGGCUGCUGUAGCUGGAUUACAUCCAUGGACUCUCGCUCUCUGGGGGAUUCUUAACCGUCAUUGCUAAUCAGUGAGAAUGCAGUUGGUGUUUGUACGUUUAUGUGUGUUCUUAUGCGUCAUAAUAAUCCGGGUUUUCGCCUGAAACAUUUCUUAAAAAGAGACUUUUGUACAUAGCUAUGUAAUUAAUUUUGGAUGUGUAUACUUGAAUGUUGGUCUAUUGUUUGUUGAUGUUCAUUUAUUCUACAUGCUCAUGUUGUUUAGGUAUCCAUCCUGUCUUAUUCCUUAAGGCACCCUUCUCUUAGCUCUCCAAGCUUGAAAUGCCAAAACGUGCCGUGCCAUAAUGCCUUUUUAUUCCUGCAAUGUUGGAAUCGAGCUCCUCUUUGAUAAAUGUACUGUUUGCUCCGCAAUAUCAAACGCAGUCUUGCUUCUACCUCACAUCAGACCUAUACUCAACUGGCACUUUAUUAAUGCUUAUAAGCGAAAUGCAAGCUGAAAGAAAACAAGCUGAAAGCUUUACUAUAUUUUCAAAGGCUCUAGAGAAAUUGAGCUCUCCAUGAACGCAAUACCUCCGUCAUAUUUUCCUGAUUCAUACCUAUUAUUUUUCCAUUUUAUUUCCGAGGCUCAGUGUGUGUCAAUGGCGAGGAGACACACCGCCCCAAUAUACAUAAAGUUGUUAAAAUGUCACGGAUGGUAAAUUCCCGACAUCUUGUGAGGUGAUGGGGACUGAUAGAAGGGUACUCCUCAGGUCUAUAGUGAUAUGGGGGAAGAGCUACUACCUGCGUGGCGCCAGCAAAGACUGAUGUCAUUCUCCCCAGGAUUUCACUCUAUCUGUCUCCCCGGUGUGACAGCACAAAAUGGAGCGAGAGAGAGGAAGAAAUGUGCCACUCUCUCUUCCUCUACUCGUCUCCUCCACGGCCUUGCAAUUAAUCUUAGGCUUCCCAUUAAACAGGAUCAUACAGCAAACAUGAAAUAUACCCGCUAUGUCGAACGCUUAAUUAAAUAUUGAUUGCGGACUUAUAUGAAUUUACUACAUCAAAUCAAGGCCCCAGUCGGAGGCUUGCCUUUCAUAUGCUGCAUUUGAUGUGGAAAUGAGCCAGGAAAACAGCGGGAGCACAGCGCCACACUACUAAUGUCUUCUUAUUAAUUCAUUAAUUAAUUUUGCUAUCAAGUUGUUCCUUCGCGGCGGUAAGCAGCUGUGCAGCCCAGUAAAAUUGUCUAUCUACCCUUAACGGAGGCCUGCUUGACUGCUGCGCGUCGCAUCAAUGGGUUUCUCUCCUCAUAUGGCAGAAUUAGCUGGGUUUUCUUUUUUUUGGGCUCCAAAAUGCUGCACAUUUUGCACUGAACUGUGAUGUUCAAAAAUAGAGACAGAAAUAUGCUUGAAAAUGCUGUGCGUCUUUGACAAGCGCUGUAAGCUUGUUGCUAAGUGUUUCUCAUAAGAGAACAUAGCAUGGCUAACUGAAUAUUGACCGAACAUGGCAGGUUUCAGGUUUUUAUUAUUGUUCUUCAGUCAUCGUUGUUGAUUGGCUGCUUUUUUUAUACAGCUUCAGUAUUGUAUAUAGACCAAAUAAAGUAUUUAUUGAAAUAAUACAGGUUUCUUCUGCGCCUUAGAGUUUAAUGUUUUUUUUCUAUAUUAGAAUACAAUAAAGCAGUGU